AUGGCUCUCAUUGAUUACGACGACGACGAGAUUCCCAUCACACUAAGUGCCUGGGGAGAUCAAUCUGCUCAGAAGCCUAGUUGGGAAUCGCUCAAGGAUCCCAAUCUCAGUGUAACUGCAGGACAAAUUGGUAGCGGUGGUCUCCAUCGCCGAGGACGUAACUUUAUUCCAGUGUCUGAAGAUCACAUCCUUAGACAACGUCUCAAAGGAGGGCCACCUAAAAAGUCUAGCAAUGCAACCAGCAAAACAAUGUCAUCAGCAGCAAAUGCACCCAAACCAAAAAAGACAUUUCCACAAUCGACUACUUUCUCGCGUCCUAAACCGAAUUCCAAGUCAUAUUCAGAACCACCAAGACCAUCUUCAACCCAACGACCACCUCCAUCUACCACGCGUCCUCCACCUCCUAACAGUACCUGGAAUACGCAGUCCUUGGUUGAUGUACCAUUUUGGGAAAAAAAGCCAGAGCCUGCUAGUUCGACACUUAUUACACCCAUAACUACCCCUCCUUCAAGAGCAAGAUAUCCUUCUCAAAAUAGUAGCAGUAACGGUUGGAAUCAGCAAGAUCGUCCUUCUCAAAAUAGUAGCAGUAACGGUUGGAAUCAGCAAGAUUAUCCUUCUCAGAAUAGUAAUAGUAACGGCUGGGGACUUCAAGACUAUUCACAACAGAAUAAACAUCAACAGCCACAAAUUCAGGAACAGAAAAAUAAUUAUCAGCAACAAAACUACCAACAGCAAAGCUACCAACAGCAAACUAUUUAUGAACAACAGCAACAGCAACAUGCUCUCCUUAAUCAGUCAUCAAAACCAUUGCAGAAUCAGACAAACCAGCUCUCUGGUAGGAAGGAGAAUACCUCGCCAGGUAGACCUGACUGGUUGCCUAAUCUACCAACGGCUAAACCAGCAUGGGUGGACCAACCAAUGACUGAAGCUAAGAAACCAUCUUGGAUCAAAGAGACUUCCUGGACGCCCAACAGAGGCAGUGCUCCACAAACCAACUACAGGCCUAAUAAUUCAGAUAACCGUAAUUUCAACGCUAAUAACCCUCGUUCACCUCCUGGCCUUUCUAAACCUCCCAGCCACAACCUAGCAGAAAAUAACCCGGUUAUUAUUACUAUUAGUAUUGAACUUGAGUCUGGAAUAAUGGCUUCUGUCAGUGUACGCUUACUUGACGAUCCAGCAAAACUUUCGCGUGAAUUUGGUGUACGACAUAAUAUUACCGAUCCUGUGGUUCUCAAUGCCCUUCUUAGCCUGUUUAUAAGACAGAAAGAAACUACUUUGCAAAAGAGAAACUAUCUUUAA